UAAUCAUUUUGCGCAUAUGCGGAAGUGAGUAUUGCAGUCAUGCCGUCUCUGGAAGAACCAAAGAGUUUUAGCUGGGCUGAACAGGUGGAACAGGGCGAAGAUGGUGCCCUCCCACCUUCUUCGGAAGACAUUGACGAAGCAAAGGGGAUAAAAGUGAUCGUAGAUUUUAGAUUCAAUGAUGAAGGAAAGAUGGUCAAGACAGUGAAGACCUAUAAAAUCGAGCACAGACGAGCUCCAAAGACUGUUGCCAAGAGGAAAAAUUGGCGGAAGUUUGGGGAAGCAGAGAAUGACCCUCCUGGUCCAAAUUCGGCCAACACCAUUGUCCAAGUUGAAGAGAUCCCAAUGGCGUUUGUCCACAAUGAAGAGGAGCAGUCAGAACAGGUGGAGGACCCUCUGAAUAAAUUGAAAACCCAGAAGUUGGUGUCUUGUCGUAUCUGUAAGGGAGAGCAUUGGACCACAAAGUGUCCAUACAAAGACACCCUUGGACCACUUCAGGAAAAACUCCAGGAUGACAAGCCAGCAACUGCAGAUGGGGCAGCACCACCAGGUGGCCCCGGAGCGGCCACAGCUGCCGGAUCAGCAGCUGGGAUGGGAUCGACAGCAGGUGGCAAAUAUGUGCCACCAAGUUUAAGGGACGGAGCAAAAAGGGGAGCUGGAGAGACCAUGCAGAGUAAAAGAGAUGAGUCAGCCACCAUUCGAGUGACAAACCUUUCGGAAGAUACGAGGGAAUCUGAUCUUCAGGAAUUGUUCCGACCAUUCGGUCCUAUACAGAGAAUUUACUUGGCAAAGGAUAAGAACACAGGCCAGUCUAAGGGUUUUGCAUUUAUCAACUUCCACCGUCGGGAAGAUGCAGCCAGGGCUAUCACAGGUGUCUCAGGCUUCGGAUACGAUCACUUGAUUCUUAACGUAGAAUGGGCCAAACCAUCUGGCACAAGUUAGACUUCGGGAGAAGAAACGACUUUAAGACAACUUUCCAAGGUCAUCGUUGGAAAUUGAGGGCUAUGUAUCGACGAGACAAUAAAUUAUAUAACUGGA